CCUGAAACCAUAAGAAAACGUCACAAAUUCCAGUCAACGGCCUGUCAAAAAUGGGCCGUGAUUUUUACAAAAUUCUCGGUAUCAACAAAAACGCGUCAGACGAUGAAAUCAAAAAAGCCUACAGAAAAUUGGCCCUCAAGUACCACCCCGAUAAGAACAAGUCGCCAGGGGCUGAAGACAAGUUCAAAGAAAUCGCAGAAGCGUAUGAGGUGCUGUCUGAUAAGAAAAAACGCGACGUGUAUGACGCUUAUGGCGAGGAGGGUUUGAAGGGGGGUGUGCCGGGGGGAGCCCCCUCAGGGUUCACUUACACGUUCCAUGGGGACCCCCGGGCGACUUUUGCACAGUUUUUCGGAAGCGCGGACCCCUUUCAGAAUAUGUUUGAGUUUGAAGAAGGGGGUUUCAGCGACCCUUUUACCCUGUUUACGGGGAUGAUUUCCAAAACGCAAGACCCUCCCAUUGAGUACGACUUGAAUGUUUGUCUAGAGGAUAUUUUACAUGGUUGUACCAAAAAUAUAAAGAUUUCCAGGAACGUGGUUGAGGGUAAUGGACAGAGAAGGCGGGAGGAAAAAAUGCUAACAAUCAAUAUAAAGCCAGGCUGGAAGGCCGGGACUCGCAUCACAUUCCUAAAAGAAGGCGACAUCUACCCGAAUAAAAUCCCCGCGGACGUCGUCUUCAUCGUGCGCGACAAACCCCACCCUGUGUUCAAACGUGAGGGCACGGACAUCCGCUACACGGCCCAGAUUUCGCUGAAGCAGGCCCUUUGUGGCGGCUCCGUGACCAUCCCCACACUGAACGAAAAAAAUGUUCGACUGGAAUUGGGUCCCGAGAUCAUCAAACCGACGAGUGUGAAGCGCAUUCCAGGCCAAGGAUUGCCGUUUCCGAAAGAACCAUCAAAACGGGGUGAUAUCAUCGUCGACUUUAAUAUAAAGUUUCCCGACAAGUUGACGCAACAAGUGAAGAAUAUUUUAGCGGAGAAGCUUCCCAAUUAACCCGGUUUUAAGCGAAAAAAUGUAAUUAAGUAGUAACUGCUGUGAAUCGUAUGAUAAUAAAGUCAAUAGGAGCCGAAUUCGCUCAAA